AUAUAAAGCACAUAUGAUUCGCAUACAAAAUAACAGUUACAAAGUAUGCAGUAAAUUCAUAUUCCAUUCAAGAAUGUAGAGUACAAUUGACAAAAGCAGAAGCAAAGUAUAUACAAUGAAUGUAUAAGGUCAUCACCACAACAUCGAUCCGUAGUAUAGUACUUUAUAAUUGAACUGUCUCCGAUAUCCGUUUACUCAGCACUGUUUUGUUUGGAAUAAAGCAUUAGAUUAAAAAAAAAAAACGUGGAUCACUUUUCCGAAGGGAGUUCACAAAAACGGAAUAGUUGGGCAGUCGUUCCUUGGUGGAGAUUUUAGAAAUGAACGUUUUACUGUUUUUUCUACUCAACCAUAAAACUGAGAUCUGGCUGUUUUCUAGGUAUUAGCAUGAAGCAUACAGUAGAAGCAAACGAUAGCUCCAUUUUGUUGUUUUGUUUAUCAAAGGUGACUCAAAUGAUAGUUACAUAUACUUUAGAUUUAUAGGAUGAAAACAUUCGCCUCUUACAGCACCUUUUGCUCCUCGAAGAAUGUGGUUUCGCCUGUACUAAAAAAAAACACGUUUGCUGUUCUGUUUUUUUUUAAGAAAAAAAAAACGAAGCACAAUAUUCAAUACGCCAUCUACACGUCAGAAGUGGAAGCUCGGUAAGGGGGAGAAAUUCAAAUCAGCAGAGAUCCGCGACGAUCUGUGCUCGAUUAUGAGGCCUGGGAUGAAAAAGGCAGUUUGAAUUAACGUCCGAGUCAAAAAGUGUUUACAUUUGUCUUGUAAAGAAAAUAACCGCUACUAUAUAGCAAGGUGAAACGUGCUACAGGUUUAUAAUUUUAACAAUCGCUCUUUACAUAAGCACGUCGGGAAAGUGUUACAUUUUACUGAAAAUGUGUGGGCGUCAGAGUUACAAAACCAAAACUCAUUAAUCUAUUGUAUGUACCGUUCGGAAGAUUUUAGAAAUGCGACAGAAACGUAACACUUGCUUUAUACAGGCACUAUGGAUGUGAAACUAAAACACUUAAUUGUUCAAACUAGUUUAAAUAGUUAAACCUGCGCCGUAAAUUAGUGUGAUUUUAUAUUAAAGAGGAAGCUUUUUUUAAAUUAAAAUGCGGUGACGUUUACCUGCUUCAAACAUUAUAUUUUGAAAUAAAUUUACAGCCGCCUUAAAAAUAUACAUCUGCAACAAGUAUUUUCCACCGGCAUUUUUCUUGGCGCUUAUCUAUCAAGCAUGAACAUGGUGCCUGAAGUCGGAGACAGUUCUUCGAGUUCUGCUGUAGCCCAGAGAUCUCCGAUAUGGGUGGCCUUUGACAAAUUAGUGGCUUCUACUGCUCUGAGACAAGAGAACGACAAUGCCGAGUUUGUCGCCGUUGUGGCAGUACAAAGGUAUUUGACAGAACCUAAAGUAAGCUCAAACAACAACCAAUUUCCACACAGCUACUGUUUCGAUGUGACGGUCACCGACGGGGUUUGUCGGGCCAAAUGCCAUCUCGCACACGAUCUGAACCAUCUGGUUCACAAAAACAAGCUUCGCACUGGAAUAGAAAUAAGGAUAACGAAGUGUUCGUUCGUUUACGACGAAAGAAGGCUGGGGCAGGGCUCGGUCUGCAUUGAGCAAGUUGAAUUCGGCUCGCAAAAUUCCAACAUCCUCUACGUCACGAAUGAUGUAUUUAGUCUACCUGUGUGGUCAAAACAAGGAGUGAUGAAUCUGACAGUUUUGCAAAACGAUGCUCCUCUUAAGUUCGGAAGAAAGCAUUAUUUGCCCCUGUGGAAUAAUGAGGAUCCAUACGGAGAAUUAUGGAUUCCCUACGUUCCACCAAGAGAUGUCAUGGUGGAUGUUUCCAAAGUUAUUUCUCUGUCUGAGCUGGAGUCUUGCACCAGGUGCCCGAAUCUGCCUUUGCUUGUGAGAAUAAUGCAUAAAUCUAAGCUGCGAUUUUAUGGAAAACCUGAAACAAAGCUUGAUGUCCCAUAUCAGGCAUAUUUUGAAGUGGCAGACCAGAGUGGGAUGAUGUCUUUGGUACUUUGGAACUCCUUGUGUCCUGAGUGGUAUCAGAGGAUGAAGUUGGGCACCGUGCUCUUUCUCCAAAGCUACGGCCUCAAGCAAAGUUACCAGUGGAGGACGAGACCCACACCGGGAGACAGUCAGUUACAGCGUUUCACUUCAGUAGAAAUUUCCCUGAAUCCUCGAGAUCCAGCAGCUAUUAUCAACAUAAUACCACCGAAGGAUGUCCUAGAGCAAUGGAAAUUACCAGAUGUCUCAUACCACUUUAUCACAAGAUCAGAACUGGACGGCUUACCCCAUAAUCACACUUGUGAUGUCAUUGGACUUGUCACCUUUGUUGGACGGUGUGAGAGAAUUAAGACAAAAGGUGCCCCUGACCAGGAAAAAUACUGGACGUAUCGUUGGGUGCAUGCCAUGGACGGAACAUCAGAUACCCCAUUUAUUCUGGAAAUUUUUUCAACCUCACAACCUGAGAUAUUUAGCAGGAUACAACCAAUGACAUUCCUCGUAUGCACUCAAAUGAGAGUUUGCCGAGACGCAAGUCAUAGUGUGCCAUACCUCACAAGUUCCAAUGAGACUCAGAUAUUUAUAACUGGGUGUCACAAGGGUCAGCCGUACACUUCCAAUCCCCAGGUGAAGAGCUUUAUCCAGUGGACCAAAACCCAGACAGAUGCUGGUGCGCUAAAGAGGAGUGUGAUUGGAGGGCAUUAUUAUUUCCCACCAGCCCCUCCAGUGUUUACUCAGACCAUUACAGAUGGUACAGCUCAAGUUCCAGUGGUUGCAACCAAAGAGCUUAAGAAGGAAAUGGAUAGUCUGCAGUACAGGGAGCACAAGCGUUUAGCCAUACAGGGCUUAAUUACUGCAGUGGAAUACGUAGUGUGGCCAGAAAAGGAAUCUGGGACAUCUGAGCAGGCUUCUCUCAUUAAUGCACCAGAAACAGUAAAUCCAAGUACAAUGAGCCCAGCGCAAAGGGAGCAAGACGCUGCAGGCCUGGCAGUGGAUAACUACUUUGUGUCUGAUCCAGAGGAAGAUGUGCCCUCUUCAAAGGAGUCAGUGCUGUCCAGCAAGAGUUCCAAAAGCAACGGUCAGGUUGAGAGCCACACUCAACAAAAACGCAGGAUGGAUAAACAAAAACACAAAGUAGCAAAACGACGCUAUCUCACACGAGCUGCUGCUCGUGCACAAAGAGUCAUAGAAGCCCAAGAAUCUGGCCAAAUAAGUGAGGAAUUGGAAGAGAGUGCUGAUUCUGAACCAGAGCAGGACAGUGAGCCACAGGAAAGAGACACUGAAGCACACGGAGCAGAUCAUCUGAACCGUAACACACUUGAAAGACUGAAGCUUGAGAAAGAUCCCAGUUGUUCGUGGGAAAGCACUGCAUGGUCAGAUUUGAAAGGACAGUUGCAGGAACAUUUCAGUUUUGACUUUCUGCACCCGGAGAGCAUUCCUCGUAAAUUUGAUUGUGAAAAUAAAGAAUUUCUAUUGCAGUACAACAACUUGCACCCGGAAAAGUGGAUACCUGAGGUAUUUUCUGUUGAACAGGACAUAAAUCAAUACACCCCUGUAGUUCAUAAUGGAUACUAUAAAGUCACUAUAUUAGGCAUAAAUCAUCAGACUGCAAUCAAUGCCUUGUUUCUGCCUGUAAUGUCACCUGAAGACCCUAGGAGUGUGGGCUUGCCAAAUGACCCCCAUGACAAUACACUGUUCUCCUUCCUGACAACAGGGUUUGUUUGCCCAGAGCAUUCUACUGAUAGUGUUGGGACUCAGCCAGUUUUCCUAGCUCCAGGAGAGAUAAUACAAAAUUCAGCUGCCAGCCUGGACAACUUGCACGUCAUCUGCUUGUUAGAUUUCUAUAAUCUUGGAGAUCAAAAGACAGAGGUUUUUAUCAACAAGGUCUAUAAAAUGACAGAUGCUGUAUUAGUAUGAACGAACACAAAUAAGCUAGUUUUUUUUGUAGAAAAUGUAAGGAAAGUGUUGUAAUCUCUAGCAGAAUGUUUUUUGUUGGUCUUAACAUGUUGAAUUAGAAACUGUGUUGCUAUAAUGAAAUGAAAAUAAAGGGUAAGGUAAGGCUUCAUAAAGUAAUGAGAACCUACCUUCAGAACAAGAUAACUUUUUUAAUUGUUUAAACUAUUUUCAUGUUAAAUGUUUAAGAUUUCCUUCUUUAUGCAUUAAUAUAACCUUUUUGUACAAUAUUUUUGUAUGAGUGCACUUUUUAAUUGAUUCAAAAAGGAAGUGUGUAAACCACAAAUAAAAAAUGCUUUAAUUUUAA